UAUUUUAAGUAUAGUGUGAUUAAAUCGUACUACAAUGUAUUCGUUUCGCGCGUAUUUUAUACCGGUAUCAAUGGCGACAGCGAGUUGCUUCAGGAUUCAUAUCGUGGCAAACAAACAAACGUUUUAAAAUAUUUAUAUACGUGGAAAAUACAGGGACUGUAAUAUUUUCUUUAUCAUAAUUUAAUAAUUUAGUGAACAUGCCAUUGGAAAGGAAACCUAUGCGAUAUGCACAUCAGGAAGGACACACAGACGUUUGUUACUAUUCUGGCGAAAAAAGAGGGCUUAUUACUUGCGGAUGCGAUGGAGACGUUAGAUCCUGGUUAAAUUUAAUGGAUGAUGAUCCAAUCACCAGUUGCAUCUCAGAACAAGCAAUUACUGCCAUUUCAAAGGAUGGUAAAAUUUUUGUGGGCAAUGACAACAAUACAGUGCAAAUACUUACUUAUCCUGAUUUAGACAAGGAAGGAAUAGUUACAAGAUUUUCAGCACCAGUCUCUGCAUUAGCAACCGCAAAAGAUAGCAAUUUAAUAGUAUCUGGAGCCUGUGACAUGCGGAUCCAAGUUACAAACAUUAAUACGUCAGAUAGCAUCGAAUUGGAAGGGCAUGAGGCGCCAAUUUUAGGUUUAACUUUAGAUCCAAAAGAAGAAUUUGUGGCAUCGUCUAGCGCAGAUGGGUCGAUUCGAGUGUGGAACAUCAAAGAUAAACGAACUGUGCACGUUUGGAAUAAUACUGUUCCAAAAUGCAAUUCCUUCUUUACUGCAAAAUCAUAUUGCACGCCUUCUUUCAAGUGUACUGAUGGCAGCUACCUUGCGUACCCGUCUAACAAGGAUAUAGUCAUAGUGGAGAGGUUGUCUUGGAAGGAACUGUACAGACUCAAAUGUCCUAAUUUAAAAACUGAACUUAGCAUUUGUAAAUUCUCUGAAUGUGGUGCGUACAUUGCCGCUAGUUCGCUGUAUGGAGAGAUCGUUGUGUGGAAUGUGGAAACGAAGGAAGUGAUUGGACACCUGGAACAUGAACAAGAUACCAAGAUCACCGCGUUGGCCUGGCACAUAGAUCACUCCAAUGAAAUUGCAUUCUGCGACGCAAUGGGGAAGUUGGGGUGUGUUGAUGUGAUAAGCUCCGAUAACCUUGGGCAUAAUUUGGUAAUCGCCGAUUCGGAGAAAAAUGAAGACCUGAUGGAGAAUAAUCUAGCAUUAUCGGAUGAUGACGAUGGGGAAAACGUGAUAUCUUUGGGUAAAAUUAAGGCCUCUGUCAGUCUGGAGGAUGAUCAGAAAAGUCAUUCCGAUGCAGGCUCCGAGAAAUCUCCAGACGACGCGAAAACUUUCGUCCCCAACGUGAAGUUGCAAUCACCUUUUCAACCAGGAUCAACACCCUCUCAUUUAUUGUCGUAUUUCAUGAUGUGGAACGAUGUUGGAAUGGUGAGAUGUUUCUCGUCAGAGGAUGGGGAAGAGUGCAGUAUCGAAGUGGAGUUUCACGAUGCUGCAGUUCAUCGUAGCAUGCAUAUUAAUAAUUAUCUGCGACAUUCAAUGGCUGCUUUGUCUACUCAAGCACUUGCGCUAAGCUGCACGGCUUCUGAAGACAGUCCCAGCAAAAUUGUCGUGAUAGCUCUGCAAGGUUGGGGUUCAGGAAAUAAAGAAUGGUCACUGGAUUUGCCAGAAGGCGAAGAAAGCGAGUGUCUGGCGGUUGGCGAUAAUUUUGUGGCGGUAGCAACAUCUAGAAGAAAUUUAAGAAUAUUCAUGAUAGGAGGAACGCAACGUGAAAUUUUAGCUCUGCCUGGACCCGUAAUCGCAAUGAAUAGUCUAGGAAGUCAUCUUGUGAUAGCUUAUCACGCUGGAAUUGGUCCAGCGGGUGAUCAAAAUAUAAAUUUAAUGAUAAUACAAAUACAGGGAGUGCACAUACGUAGUAAAACCUUAUCGCUUCCGCUUUCACCAACGUCUGAUCUUAUGUGGUUGGGAUUAUCUGAAGCCUGUUCACCCACUGUGGUGGAUUCGGAAGAUAUCGUCAGGAUAUACGAUAAAGCAUCUUGUCAAUGGAGAGUGCUCUGUGAUGUAAAUGCACAGGGUAAGGGUAAAGCAGAUCAUUUCUUUGUGAUCGGUGUGAGCGAACGAGAACGAAAUAUGCGGUGCAUCCUCUGUAAGGGUAGUUAUUAUCCACCGACGACUCCGCGUCCAAUAAUCAUUGAAGUACCUCUGUCUAUACCACUCUGUGAGCCAGAAGGUGAUAAAACUGAGAAGGAACGCAAGCUAUGGAAUAUAGGAAGCAAUCCACUAGACGAAACUGAAGCUUUAUUAACUCUGAUAGCACUCGCCUGCAGAAGCGAUUUGGAAUAUCGCGCAGUGGACAUUUGCGAACAAAUUGCGUCGACGAGAACCAUAGAUUUGGCUAUACGGUACGCUACUCGUGUAAAUAAGAUGGCAUUAGCAAAAAAAUUGGAGACAAUUGCUGACGCAAAGUCAACGGUUUUCAAUGGUUCAAAGAGAGAAGAAAAUACGGUAAAUCACUCGGAGAGUAUCGUUAGCGAUGAUAAUUUUGAUAUUAAUACCCAAGAGGAAGACAACGUGCCUUUACCAGCUAUUAAAACCCCGGAAGUAGAAAUCAAGCCGUUGGCCAUGAAUCAAAUGUUAAAGAGAGUGAAUCCAUUUUUAAAAGCCGAAAACACGCCAUUAUCGCCAAGAGGUUUAGCUGGCCUGAACAGUAUACCGGAAAAACCGGAAAAAUCUCCAUUAAUCAAGUCUCCAUUAAUGAGAACCACCAAGUCGAAGUCGAAGACUGAAUCGAAAGAGGAAUCCUUUAUUAAAUGGUACGCGAAAAAUAAGAAGAACCUACAAGAAGAAUUCCCCGACAUGAUCGACGGUGAAUUGCUUAAAAUUGGCUUGACGCGGUACAAAGGAGAAACGAGACCAUCGAACGCGGACAAUACAACUGAAUCUCCAGGACUCUUGAAGAAACGAAAAUUAUCCAGUCUCGUACCUUUGGAUAUGGUUCAAGAAGCCAUGGGCUCUAUGGGUCCAUGGCACAUCGUUAUUGCAGUGGCACUCUCUCUCGUCAAAUUUCCAGUAGCUUGGCAUCAACUUUCUAUUGUGUUCCUUGCACCACCGACUAAUUUUUCAUGCAUUGAACCAUUAUCAACAACCAAUGAAUCCAUGAUAAUGAAAUGUGAAGUUGAUGUUGGGAAUGGUACUAUGGAAAAAUGUACUGCGUUCAGAUACGAUAAGCGAAUAUUUCGUGAAAGUAUUAUAACGCAGUGGGAUUUAGUAUGUGACAGAGAACAAUUAUCGAAUUUUGCACAAUCCUGUACAAUGUUUGGUGUACUUGUUGGCAAUUUAAUUUUUAGUGUAAUGGCCGACAGAAUUGGUCGAAAGAAACCUUUGAUGAUUGCAAUUGCAUUACAGUCAGUGACGGGAUUCGCGAGUGCGUUUGCACCGUGGUAUGAAUUAUUCUUGGUGCUCAAAUUUUUGUGUGCCGUAACUACUGGUGGCACGAUGCUCGUUAGCUUUGUUUUACUUAUGGAGAUUGUUGGUAUUGAAUGGCGGUCAAUUAUAUCAGUCCUGUUUCACGUACCGUUUUUACUCGGACAUUUAAUGAACCCUUUAAUCUCUUACUUGACGCUAACAUGGUAUGGAUUUCAAAUGGCCGUUUCGAUACCGUCAAUUUUCCUACUAGCAUAUUAUUGGAUUAUUCCUGAAUCACCAAGAUGGUUGUUAGCCAUGGGUAAACCUAGACAAGCAGGACAAAUUUUGCAGAAAGCUGCUGGACGGAACAAAAUACCACUUGAAAAUGUAAAAUUAGCCCUUGAGGCCUAUGAGAAUCAAGCGGCAACCCGACUCGCGAAGAGCAAAGAAAAAUAUAAUAUUACACAUUUAUUCAGAACUCCGAAUUUAAGACUGAAAACUCUAUGCAUCGCCAUCAACUGGUUCAUGUGCGGUAGUUGUUUCUUUGGCUUGGUGCAAUAUGUGGGCCAUAUCGAUGGCAAUAUAUUCAUUAAUGUCGCAGUCUCAGCUGCCAUGGAAUUACCUGGAACUAUAAUAGUUCUGCUUUUGAUAUCUCGAGUAUCCCGUUUGAAGAUUUUGAUAGGAGGAAACGUGUUGUCCGGCGUGAGCUUACUCUUGAUAACUCUCGUAACCAAUGCAAACAUUCGAGUAUUUCUAGCUUCGCUGGGUCUGGUGGGUAUGGCUAUCAGCUUUCCUACGGUGUACUUGUACAGCAGUGAGGUUUUCCCGACUGUCGUAAGAAAUGUCGGCGUUGGUUUGGGAAGCAUUUCCGCGAGAAUUGGAAGUAUGAUCGCACCGUACAUCGCCACGAUGGGUACUAUCCAAGCUUGGUUGCCUCCAGUAGUAUUUGGUAUCGGGCCAAUAAUAGGUGCUGUGCUCUGUUUACUGUUGCCAGAAACGAUGAACUGUGAAUUGCCAGAGACAAUAGAAGACGGCGAAAACUUUGGAAAAAAAAACCCUAAAGAAGAAAAUACGACGAGUACGUGAUUGCCUGUAAAAUUAUUCACAACUGUAAUAUCCCAUACGAAUACGAUGACAUGUUCAACUAUUUUGAAUGAACUAUCGCAUCUAAUUUAUCUAGUUUAUCUGUACAGGAUAUAUUGAACCGAUAAUUUAUUACGUUUUUAAAAUACAUUUUAAACAUUAAUGCCCGAAGAAAAAA